CUUACUCUUCGCGAAAUAUGCACGCAUUGGGACGCCCGGAUUUAGAAUGUUCUUUGAAAAUCUACGUUGAAAUUUAUGAAAAGCCGCGUGUGUGUAGAAGAAUAAGUGGUUUUCCAGGUCCUCUGUGUAUUUUGACUUGUAGUUCGUUGUGUAUUAGUGAUUGCGUUGGCUGACGAACAAAGAAAAACGUAGUUGCAUAGAAGAGUGAAACAUGGUGCCGCUAGGACCGGGCCCUGGCCAUCCUGCUGCACAUCAAACGCAUGGUGGGCCGUCCACUAACUUAUCCGGUCCCACAUCGCUUUCGCAGAGUGCUCCACAGUCGAAUAAAUCUUCAGUAGCGAAACCAAACUACACCCUCAAAUUCACGCUUGCCGGCCACACGAAAGCGGUGUCGUCAGUUAAAUUCAGCCCUAAUGGAGAAUGGCUGGCUAGCUCUUCUGCUGACAAACUCAUAAAAGUAUGGGGAGCAUAUGAUGGCAAGUUCGAGAAGACUAUAUCUGGACACAAGAUGGGCAUCAGUGACGUCGCCUGGUCUUCUGACAGUAGGCUUAUUGUCAGUGCUAGUGAUGACAAAACUUUGAAGGUUUGGGAAUUAAGUUCAGGCAAAUGCUUGAAGACGCUAAAAGGCCACAGCAAUUACGUAUUCUGUUGUAAUUUCAACCCACAAAGCAAUCUUAUCGUAUCGGGAAGUUUUGACGAAAGUGUUCGAAUAUGGGAUGUUAGAACAGGCAAAUGUUUAAAGACACUACCGGCGCACUCGGAUCCCGUGUCGGCGGUGCAUUUCAAUAGAGAUGGAAGUCUAAUUGUAUCUUCUAGUUAUGACGGCUUAUGUCGAAUCUGGGAUACAGCAUCAGGACAAUGUCUCAAAACGUUGAUUGACGACGACAACCCUCCAGUGUCAUUCGUGAAGUUCUCACCCAACGGCAAGUACAUCCUAGCAGCAACGUUAGACAACACGCUAAAGCUCUGGGAUUACAGCCGUGGAAAGUGCCUCAAGACUUAUACUGGACAUAAAAAUGAGAAAUACUGCAUCUUUGCCAAUUUUAGUGUUACCGGUGGAAAGUGGAUAGUGUCAGGCUCCGAAGACAACCUGGUCUACAUCUGGAACCUCCAGUCAAAGGAAAUUGUGCAACGAUUAUCAGGACACACAGAUACAGUUCUGUGCACGGCUUGUCACCCCACCGAGAACAUCAUUGCGUCCGCCGCUCUUGAAAACGAUAAGACCAUCAAGCUGUGGAAGAGCGAUACUUAAGUGCUAUUGCUAGGUAGCAGCCAGUGACCUGUGCCGGCUCCAUAUUGCGAGCCGGCCGUCGCCCCGCUGGCCUGUCCACCAUUUGCAUAAGAUACCUUACCUACGGUACCUUCAGACAUUCACUUCUCUUAUUCGAUGGAACGUGUGCAUUUUCGGUUGUUAUUAAGAUAUACUGAUAUACAUAUUUUUGUAUUUGACAUGCUAAUGAAAAGAACUAUGAAGUGUUUUAGCGAUUACGUUUUAGUUAAGAUUGAGUUAUUAAGGAUUUUGCUUAAGAAUAACUUGUUGGAUUCGAUUAAAAAUUUAGUAGUUGUA